AUGAAUGGAAGAGGUUUCCAUGAUGAAGACAACCAGAAUUAUCUAUGUGUUUGUGUGCCUGGAUGGACAGGACCUACAUGUCUGGAAAGUAAUGUGUGUGAAAUGAGCUGGUGCCAGAAUGGAGCUAUUUGUAAAGAUGGAAUCAAUGAACACAGGUGAAACAUAUAACAGGACUGCAGAGCAAUGUGGUGAUGGGCCAUGCAGGAAUGGUGCUACUUGUGAAGAUAGUGUAAAUGGCUUCAAGUGCUACUGCCCAUCAGGAUUUGAAGGUCUGAACCGUGAAAUCAACUUUGAUGACUGUUCCUGCAGCUUCUGCAAAAACAAUUCAACAUGUUUAGAUCUGGUUGAAAAUUACACUUGUAUUUGUCCUCCAGGUUUCACUGGUUUUAUGGGUGAACUCUGUGAAUCAAAGAUGAAUAGUUGUCUCUCACAGCCCUGUGGAACUACCAGCAUCUGUCAGGAAGAGCUGGAUGGCUAUAGCUGUUUCUGUGCACCUGGUUUUAUUGGUGUGAAUUGUGACAUAGAAGUGAAUGAGUGUCUAAGUGAUCCAUGUCGCAACGGUGCUACGUGCAUCAAUCAGGUUAAUGCUUUCAACUGCCGGUGUUCUAGCGGAUUUGAAGGCAUACUUUGUGAAAUCAAUACAAAUGAAUGUCACUGCAACCCUUGUCUCCAUAAUGGAACCUGUACAGAUCUUAUCAAUGGAUAUAGCUGUAUCUGCUUAUCUGGCUUUGCUGGUAUGCACUGUGAAAGUGAUCUAGAUGAGUGUGCUUCUUUUCCCUGCAAAAAUGGAGGCACCUGCAUUGACCAGCCCGGUAAUUACUCCUGCCAGUGUGUGGCUCCAUUUAAAGGUUCGAACUGUGAAUUCAGACCCUGUGAAGGUGGUAAUCCCUGUGAAAAUGGAGCUACAUGUCUACAAGAGCUAAACUUAACUGCCUUUCCUCUUGGAUUUCAGUGCCAGUGUAUAAAAGGCUUUACAGGACCACGCUGUGAGAUCAACAUCGAUGAAUGCAGUUCCAACCCUUGUUUGCAUGGAUAUUGCUAUGAUGUUAUUGAUGGCUUCUACUGCUUUUGCAACCCUGGGUAUGCUGGACAAAUAUGUGACCAAGACAUUGAUGAUUGCAUCAUUAAUGAAUGCAAACACAAUUCUUCUUGCUUGGAUCUUCAUCUGGGUUACCGGUGUAUCUGCCAGCCUGGCUGGGAAGGGCCAUUUUGUGAAUCUGAAUCUAAUGAAUGUAAUUCUGGUCUGUGUAAGAACAGUGGAACUUGCAUUGAUCUCUUCAAUGGCUUUCGAUGUGUAUGCACAGCAGGCUGGACAGGACAACAGUGCAAUGAAGAUAUAACUGAAUGUGAAUCUGCACCAUGCUUGAAUGGAGCAACUUGCUAUGAGUCCAUUGUCCCUGGUCAAUUCCUCUGUGCUUGCCCUCCAUUUUAUAUUGGGAAAAAAUGCCAGUAUCACCAUAAUCCAUGUGAUGCUCCCUACAAUCCAUGCAGAAACAAUGCCACUUGUUUGGCCCAGGUUGAUGGGAAGCCAUUAUGCAUCUGUCAAAAAGGAUUUGAAGGGACUUACUGUGAAAUUGACAAUAAUGAAUGCCUCUCCAACCCAUGUAAGAAUCAAGGUCACUGUGUGGAUGGGGUAAACAGUUAUAGGUGCUUUUGCAGAGAUGGCUUUUUUGGGAUGCUGUGUGAAGGGGAGAUUAAUGAGUGCCUAUCAAAUCCCUGUGCAAACGGGGGAACAUGCAUAGAUCUUAUAAACAGGUUUGUGACUGGAAUCAAGUUUUUCUUUUUAAAGGGAAAAAAAAGUUUGACCUUUCGCUUUGAUGAUAUAGAAUGUCAAGUAGUAUUAGAGAAAGUAGAUAGCCUGUACUUUUUGAGCAGCAUAGAGCAGGCAUGUCAAACUGCCGGCCCACAGGCUAGAUGCAUCAUGAUAAAACUGCACCCAACCCAUUGCUGGCAGUGGGGAAAAAGUUGUGAUACAUCGCGCGACGUCACGUGACGUCACGAGUUUGACAUGCCUGGCAUAGAGCAAGCAAUUAUGACUCAUUUCUUAGAGUUUGUAGUGAACAAAUAGGAGAAUAGUUAUUAUACCAUUAUAGAGCAAUAUAAUCACAGAAUUAUUAUAGAAUAAUUUGAUUAACAUUCAUAAGCUAUGAAAGCUAAAUGGACCGUCAUUCAGAUGCAGUAUAGUGCUGAGGAUAAAAACAGAGCAAAGUUGUUGCUUUCAUGGUAUCUUUUAUGUCUUUCAUCAGCUCACUAAUAUUUCUGCUUAUCAGAACUCUUCGGUAUUGCAAAAUGACUACUUUGACCCUCAUUCACAGCUCUUAAUUUCUAUCACAUCACCAGCCACAAGUUAUAACUAGUGACAUAAUAUAGUUCUGUACUGAUCAUCCAACAGAAUUAGGAAUUUAGUUCAGUAAUAUACACUGAAUCCUUUUUUCUUUUUAAUUCUGUAUGAUUGGGGCAAGAUGAAGUCACUUAAAAUGAGUGAAUGGGUACCAAACCAACAUUUAUAGAUAUCAGAGGAUGGGGGAGGAGGAGUAUAGUAGUAUGGCUGCCUCUAAGCUUCCCAGAAGCCCUUGUGUGUACUCCAUACAUCUAAGCUUUGCUUCCUGCCUUGGAGUGGCUCGCUGCCACUGUCUAUCUUCCUGGGGAGUGUCUUGUGGCAUCUAAGAGAUAUAGGGCUCCCGCCAGCUAUAUUGCUUUGCUGACAAAUUAAGAAAAACAUGAAAACAGAAAACGGACUAAAAUCUACCUAUAGUACCCCUCCCUAGUGUUCAGGUAUGUGAUUUGGGCAAUCAGUUCCUUGUUGCUCUUUCUUUUGGGAUUACUUGAAUUUCUUCC